UUCGAUUGUGUGGACAUUUUUGCUGAUGCCAAAUAUAUGCAUCUUGGGUUCACAGUCAGAGAGAGCGUGGAAUUUUGAAGUAAUUAGUGCUUCUAUGGUGUCCUCCGAUGAAAGCAAAGUGAAUGCGACCAUACAGGUCAAUCGGAUCUCAUUUAGUGAAUCGGUCGUUUCGGCAAACGUUUAUUGGAACUGCGGCGCCGAUGAGGAUUCCACGGGGAGUUUCGUUGUGUUGCAUAGUCGCAGUGGCCGUGAAAAUGACUACAGUAACACUCCCUACCAAAUACCAAAUCAAAAGUUAAAGACUUUUGUGGAUAACUAUUAUCAUGACAUGUUCUACCUGAAUGUGGCAAACUGCUCAAAUUUACCGCCAUAUUUCGAUGUACCACCAGUGAAGAUGAGAUACAUUUUGAAUGAAUGUUCUAUGACUGGCGAUGGUUUUCCCUAUAUUCUACCUUUGGGAUACUAUAAAUUUCACCUGGUGCUUAAAACCGAAGCAACGUUCACGAUUUCCUUUAUUGUUAAGCUGACGUCGAAAUCAAUGGGAUAAUAAGUUGUACCAUAAAUUAUAACAAAACUUGCGACAUACACUUCAUCACAUUGAACUUUUAUUAAAAUUGCCAGCACAAACAAAUUAUGUAUUUUCUAUUCAAAAUGCUUCUUUUGAGUUUUUUUUUUGUAAUUCCUGGAUAUAAGUGCAUAUGCAGGAUCAUAAAG